GUUGUUGUACCACGUGGUUCUUGACGUUGCGAAAACAAGACGUCUUACAAAACAUUGUCCCGACCCUGCAGUGCAUUCGGCAAACCAGGGACAUGGCAUGGAGGGGUGGCUUUAUGAAACGGGCCAAAAUAAACUCGCUAUAUGCACAAUUCCUGUCUCCAAAAAGCUCCAGAUUAACCAUCCAUCCUCAGCAAAGAUGUGGCUUCAAGAAAGUUCAGAGACAAUCCGAGACAAAAAGAGGUCUGCAAGAGGAGACUGAGGCGGGUCAAAAGCAUGCUGUGCCACCCCUGCCAGGAGAACCGGUGCCCCCUAUGCCACUGCCACCCAGGAAACCACAAAGACUCUUCAGGCCCCUGGUGUUCACAGUGGGGUUUACAGGCUGCUCCUUCGGCACGGCUGCCAUCUUGCAGUAUGAAUCAGUAAAGUCACGAGUGCGAAUGGCCAUGGAGGAGGCCAAAGAGGAGAAGCGGGAUAAACUCGGAGAGGGUCAUAACACAACAUACUGGCAUAACUGGUGGAAUCAACUGUCACACUUCCAGAAGCAGGUGAUUUUGGUCAUGUCUGUGGUCGAUGAUUGGUGGAGUGGGCUCAGUGAAGGACAAAAGACGGUCACAGGUAUCAUAGCUCUAAACACUCUGGUUCUGUGUUGUUGGAGAAUGCCUUCAAUGCAACGCUCUUUGGUCAAGUACUUCACAUCUAACCCUGCCUCCAAGACACGUUGCCUUCCCAUGGUUCUCUCUUCUUUCAGCCAUUACUCCAUCAUUCACAUGUUGACCAACAUGUAUGUGCUAUGGACCUUCUCUACUAGCAUUGUCUCUUUGCUUGGGAGAGAGCAGUUUUUGGCCCUUUAUCUGUCUGGAGGUGUAAUCUCGACAUUUGUCAGUUACGUGUUUAAGACAACUACUGGUCGUCUGGGUCCUUCGCUAGGAGCGUCAGGGGCCAUCAUGACGGUUCUGGCAGCAGUCUGCACCAAGACUCCUGAAGCUAAGCUGGGCAUCCUCUUGCUUCCUAUGGUCAGCUUCACUGCAGGAAAUGCUUUGAAAGCUCUUGUUGCUUUGGAUACAGCUGGUCUCCUUUUGGGCUGGAGGUUUUUUGAUCAUGCGGCCCAUCUUGGUGGAGCUCUGUUUGGAGUGUGGUACAUUGCAUAUGGUAAUGAAAUGAUCUGGAGGAACCGCGAGCCACUGGUGAGAUUCUGGCAUGAACUAAGGAACAAGCCCAACGGCAGACCCCGACCAGGUGGAGGUGGUGGUCAAGUUUAGGAUUAUUCAGCUACCUCAAGAUCACUGGACCCUCUCAUUUCAGAAACAGAACUUUCCUUCAGAAUACUGACUGACUAACGUAAAUUCGAAGAAUUAGUGCAGAUGCUCAGUACACAUGUGUCUCUCCCUUCACCUUCUUUUCUCAAGCCUGUUGUCCUAUCAUUAAAGGAAAAAAGGUCGAAAGAAGAAGCCUAUAAAAAGA